AUGCGUUGGUUUGCAAGCCACCUAGGUCUGGCAGCUAAGGGCGAUAUACAUGGCCGACGUAGAUGGAAGACCGCUGACAAGUCGGAACAUCAAAUCGACGAGUGGUUUACGUGUUCCCGUCCCGAGGAAAACAGCAGAAGUGCGGGGCGAAUCCAGAAGCAAGUAGGCCGACCAGUAUGGACCUAUGGUGGACCAGUGUGCCGCAGGCGGAAGGAGUGCAUGCUCGUAGAUCAAGGGUCCGAAAAAAGUGUGGAUGAAGCAGAAGAAAUAAAAGACAAAACAAAGCUCACCAAACAGAGUCGAAAGAUCGCUUCAAUAACCCAGACGAUUGUGGAUGGGGUGACCGAUUAUCCUAGCAACCCCCAAGCUAUGUUAGCUGGCCGUUUUGUAAAUUGUAGGCUGAUGGUGGGUGUAUUCCGGGUGCCAGGAAGGAUAUAG